GAAGACCUGACUGUCAUAUGAUUUCCAGCAGAAUGACGUAAUUAAUUUAUUCUGAAAAAAAAAUUGUCCCAGCGAAUGCUGGCGGCGCAACGAAAUAUCUGAUUUAAGAAACACCAACCUGUCCUUCGUGGAGCGCCCUCGACUAACUGAUCGUCAUGGGGUCGCUGUUUCGCAGCGAGGAGAUGUGCCUGGCGCAGGUUUUCCUCCAAUCAGAAGCAGCGUACAAUUGUGUGGCAGAGCUAGGAGAGCUGGGAUUGGUCCAGUUCAGAGAUCUCAAUCCAGAUGUCAAUGCCUUUCAGCGCAAGUUUGUCAACGAAGUUCGCCGCUGUGACGAAAUGGAACGGAAACUACGAUUUUUGGAGACAGAAAUCCACAAGGCAGACAUCCCCAUCCUGGACACGGGUGAGAACCCUGAAGCACCAGCCCCACGAGAAAUGAUCGACUUGGAGGCCUGCUUUGAGAAACUAGAAGUGGAGAUGAAGGAGGUGAACACCAACCAAGAGGCCCUGAAGAGAAACUUCCUGGAGCUGACGGAGCUGAAGCACAUCCUGCGCAAGACCCAGAGCUUCUUUGACGAGGCUGAAUUGCAUCACCAGCAGAUGCACGAUGCGGACAAGGAAGAGGAAGCCCACACGCUGCUGGGAGACGAGGGGCCGCGCAUGGGAAUGCCCAUGAGACUCGGAUUUGUGGCUGGCGUCAUUCAGCGUGAACGCAUCCCGGCGUUUGAGCAGAUGCUGUGGCGCGUCUGCCGUGGCAACGUGUUCCUUCGUCAGGCGGAGAUUGACACGCCCUUGGAGGACCCCACCACGGGGGACCAGGUGCACAAAUCGGUAUUUAUCAUCUUCUUUCAAGGGGACCAACUGAAGACUAGGGUGAAGAAAAUCUGUGAAGGGUUUCGCGCCACUCUGUACCCCUGCCCCGAGACCCAGCCUGAACGACGUGAGAUGGCCAUUGGCGUCAUGACACGGAUUGAAGAUCUCCAGGCUGUCCUGAGUCAGACCGAAGAGCAUCGGCAGCGCGUGCUCUCCUCAGCGGCCAAGAACGUCCGGGUCUGGUUCAUCAAGGUGCGCAAGCUGAAGGCCGUCUACCACACCCUGAACCUCUUCAACCUGGACGUCACCCAGAAGUGUCUGAUCGCUGAGUGCUGGUGCCCCGUGUCUGACCUGGACAAGAUUCAGAUGGGGCUGCGCAGGGGGACGGAGCGUAGUGGCUCCACCGUUCCCUCCAUCCUGAACCGCAUGGACACCCACGAGAACCCGCCCACCUACAACAAGACCAACAAGUUCACCGCGGUCUUCCAAACCAUCGUGGACUCCUACGGAGUGAGCAACUAUCGCGAGGUCAACCCAGCCCCUUACGCCAUCAUCACUUUCCCCUUCUUGUUCUCCGUGAUGUUUGGCGACACCGGCCACGGUUUCAUCAUGUUCCUCUUUGCCCUUUAUAUGGUGUGGAAUGAGAAGAAGCUUACAGCGAUGGUAGCAGAUAACGAGAUCCUGGGGAUGUUCUUUUCCGGUCGUUACAUCAUCUUGCUCAUGGGCCUCUUCUCCGUAUACGCGGGCUUCUUGUACAACGACAUCUUCUCCAAAUCCAUAAAUUUGUUUGGGUCCUCUUGGCAGGUUUCCCGCAUGACCAACUUCACCGAGAGUUUGUUGGAGGAAGGCUUCAACUUACAACUAGACCCUAAGGAAGCUUAUGUCGGGACGCCCUAUCCCUACGGUCUAGACCCGAUUUGGCAAAUUGCUGAGAAUAAGCUAUCCUUCUUGAACUCCUUCAAGAUGAAGAUGUCGGUCAUUCUCGGCAUCGCACAGAUGACAUUCGGUAUUUGCCUCAGCGCUUUCAACCACAGGUAUUUCAAGAGUCGCAUCAACCUCUGGUGUGAGUUUGUGCCCCAGCUGAUCUUCCUGGAGUUCAUCUUCGGCUACCUGGUCGUGAUCAUCUUCUCCAAGUGGCUCCUCUUUGGCCCCCAGAAUUCCAAGGACGCCCCGAGCUUGAUCAUCACCCUCAUCAACAUGUUCCUGUUCAGCAAGCCCCCAGGGGCAGAGUGCAAAAACUGCGUGUCCCUUUACAGUGGACAGUACCAAACUCAGAUGCUGUUGGUGGUCAUUGCCAUUAUCUGUGUGCCCUGGAUGCUGCUGGUCAAACCCAUACUGCUCCGAGUUCAGCACAACAAGAAUCUCUACAAAGCCGUUCGUUACCGGGAGGUGCGCAUGCUCAAGAACGGCGGCGUGGGUGACGAGACGGCCGAGGUGGUUCACCAUGACGCGCUGGAGGCUUCCGCAUCAGAGUCUGGCAGCUCAGAGGAAACUGACCAAACUGAACAGUUUGACUUUGGCGAGACGAUGGUCUUCCAGGGCAUUCACACCAUUGAGUUCUGCCUGGGCUGUAUCUCCCACACGGCCUCCUAUCUCCGACUCUGGGCCCUGUCCCUGGCCCAUGCUGAGCUGUCAGAGGUGCUGUGGAACAUGUUGUUCAGCAUUGGCUUUAAGAUGAACGGGAUAGUGGGCUUCAUCGUCAUUUGGGCGCUGUUUGCCGCUUGGGCGGUGCUAACCAUCUUCAUCCUGCUUCUAAUGGAGGGCCUGUCAGCGUUCCUGCAUACCUUACGUCUCCACUGGGUGGAAUUCCAGAGCAAGUUCUACAAGGGAGAAGGCUACGCUUUCCGGCCGUUUGCUUUUGACACUCUGAUGGAUGAGAAGGAUGAAUAAUGUUACCCUUGGUGUUAACUAACAUAAACUGUAUUUUUCACACCAAGGUAUGGUAGGGUGGUUCGAAAUAAUUCGCUUAUAACUUCAAAAUUGGACACUGUAUACAAAGUCAGUUUAAUUGUGGUAAACUAAAUAUAUAACAAGUUGUCUUCAAUGUCUUGUAGUUGUAAACAGCGAUGUGUGUUCAGCUCACACAAACAUUGCAAACAUUGUACAAAAUUCACAAUGAUUUCUUGUCGGAUAUGGCACACAAAAAGAUCAGGAAUGAUACAAAGUUUGCAUUGGUCAUGUGAGUGGAGUGCACCAUAGUUAGUGCAUUAUAGGUACCCCAAUCAUGAUCAGUAUUUUCAACCAAUAGGCACAGGGUUUAGAUUUGACUGAAUGGGCAUGUUACUCUUAGACCUGUUUUGAUUGGUGGAUAGAUUUGUCUGUUUCAUUAAAUAUUAAAAUCCUUCAGUAUUGGUUGGUUAAUAUAUGUUAGUUACAAAGUAAAAUUGUACACAGUGAACAUUCUUAGUAUACUCGGUAAAUAUAAUAAGAAAGAAAAAGUAUGGGUUGUCUAUAAUCAAACAAUUAUUUCAAGUGGAAUGUAUGUUGUUGCAUUAUAUUUAUGUGUAUUACUCGGAAAUUGUAAGCACAAAUCAGCAAAAUCUAACCUCUUACUUUUGUGUUUUGAAAAGAAGAAGAGUAUAUGUGGAAAGGCUGUUGGCUUUCAUGAAAAAAACUUGAGGACCUAGCUAAAAAAAAAUUAACUACUUGACGGCGGGAUUAUUUUUGGUCGAAAACACCAUUUUUGAAAAAAGACAAAAUAUAUCAGCCUCAAUUUACAAUCAUUUCAAACACCACAGAUACUGACUCGUGAGAGUCUUUUCUACAAUAUCUGUACGAAUCGAUACUUCUCACUUUUGCAACACUCCAAGGCCCCGCGCCCCCGCCACAGAGCGAUGUUUGCUAGAACGACAGACCGUGUACAGUGCCAAGUUCAAUUUCAACACUAACACGGUGUGUACAAAACCAAUGGGAACCAAUGACGUGUAUACUACAUAUCCACUGCCGGAGACUCGUACAGUGCCAGAUCGUGUUUACACGUCUUCCUGCAUUAAUUGGUUAGAGACUCUUGAGUUCAGAUCAUUGAAGUAGAAGACUUUAUUGUGGAUAUUCCUGAAGUUAAACAGGGACUUGUGGAAUAAGUGUUGUGCAAAUGUAUGUGGGUUUUUUUUAACCACAGUAAAUGCAAGUUAAAAUUAUAGAAAUCUUGUUUUAGGUGAUGUUUUUUUGCCAGAAAAAUUUACAGAGGUUCGUAAACUGGCCAAAUGUAAGACAGUAUAUGUUUAGGGUUUUUUUGACGUUGGGAAAAAUAGAAAGUGCAAAAGUGUUUAGUGAGUUGCUAUAGUUAACCCAAACCCUCCAGGGUAUUUUGGCUAGAAACCCUGCCAAAUGCAGCAACAUGCAACACUUGUCUAAAUGACAAGCCUGCCCAGUGUGGCAAGAUCUAUCAGGUCAAAAGUCUUAAUGCCAAACUGGGUCAGAGUCCGUGGUCACCAAAUGCAGCAGGAUACAACUGUGGUAUUAUUGUUCAUUGGGAUUAGCUUUCAUUGUCUCAGAAGCAGCUGUUUAUGCACUGGUGUUGGUAGCUGAACGCAUCAAAGUGCACCAAACUUUUCCACCUGAUGCACUAGUGUUGUGUCUGGCAGGGUUAGGGUUGAGUAAAAAUAUUCAGUCAAGGUACUAGGUAUAAUUUGUGUAAUCUUAAUAUAGAUUUUAGUUUGUGGCCUGUGUGUAUAAUAAUGAUCAUUAUGUGAAUUAAAACAAAGUUACUUUGUGUACAUGUACAUGAGUUGUACAUAUUAAAACCAAAUGUAAAAGUUUUGUCCGUUUUUAUUUUUGUGGGAUGUAUGUGGUAAACAUAAUGUAUAUUUAGCAAAUUGUGCAAAUGGUGCUCUGUGAGCUUGUGGUAUUUAAGUUGAACUUGUACAAUUGUAAGUUUGUAAAAGUGUAAACUUGGUCUAAUGGGUAAAAAUCAAAUUAAUAUUAGCCUGUAAUCUAAGUCAUCUCAAGUAUUUGAGAUAUGAAAAUUAAAAAGAAAAAGAAAUAAUCAAAUAACCCUACAUCCCCUAAACGAAGCUUAUGUUGACCAAAAAGCUUCUAUUAAUUUAAUUUAUUAAUAAUAGUUUCCAGCUGUUUCUGGUGCACAGGCAGUGCAAAUUUUACAAACUCUAACUGUCCGUAAGGGCCCGUCUCACUUCAUAUCCGGGACGAGUUCCAGACAAGUUGCGGACAAGUUGCAUGAGUCUGAACAACUUUCCCGCAAUCUUCCCGCACUGAAGUUAUCAGUAUUGGUGAGGCAAGCAGUUGUUAAGGAAAGUUUUCCGGGUCAUGUCCGGGAUAAAUGCAGAGCUUCUCCUGGGUAAAGUGAAUGAUUCUACCUGCAGCUUGUCCGGAACUUGGCCCGGAUAUGAAUUGAAACAGUUUCUAACUGUUACAAAUUUGUGCAAACAAAAAUUAUGCUUUUGAUCAGUAAUAGUAAAAUAACAAAGUUUGUGAGUGAACAAACAGCAGCAAAACAUGUAUUUCCAUAGAACAGCUUUGACUGAAGCCGUCUGGUGUGUGUCAAAGGUUAUUUGUUUUUAAGAGAAGACAAUUAUUAAUCCACGGCAGCUUUUUUUUGGACUCGCCUUGUACAUGUAGUUUGGUUGAGAUACUGGGCAUAACUUGUUGAUAUGAAAGUGUAUCAAAUUCAACACACUGUGAAUUGUUCUGUAGCCUUUGUAUUGCAAAACAAUUAUACUUGGGCAUUAUGGAAUAUUAAAAUGAAAAUGAUAUUUACUCUAUACUGAUUUCCGAUAUUGUUUUUGUUGAUGUAGAUGAAAAUAAACAUCUGAAGCAAAUUAA